AAUUUUGGAGAAAUGUCCUUCUUAACUGUCACCACCUGAUGCUUUCAAUCUUCUUCAGUGCAUUUUUUUCAUUGUGGUCUUCACUGUGUUCAUGCUCUACUCUCUAUGUGCUAUAUUCAAAUUUAUUUCAUCAUUCUUUUAGCACCUUUUGCUAUUUAUCUUCGAAAUUUAGGUAUUUUGCAAUGGAAAUCUCCUCUUCUUCUAAAUUUGUGUCCACAUUAAAAGGAUAACUGCAGCUGGCAUGCAACAUUGUCAUGCAUAACGAUAUUUAGCACUAUGCUCUGAACUUAUUUAAUUCAGUGAGUAAGUUUCCACGACCUUAUCUUUUUUGGAGUCUAGCUUAUUAAUGUUAAUAAAUUUUAUUUAUGUUUUUCAUAUUUAUGGGAUUCCCAAUUUAGUUUUUUGGUUUUGGAGAACCAUUUAUAAUUAGCUAAUUUUUUACUCAAUUAUAUGAAUGUGAAUAUGGAUUAAAGUGUGUGGUAAGUGUAAUCCAGCAGUAUAAGUACUAAGUAUGGUUAAUAUGUUAUGAUAUCUGUUCUAUUGAAUUAGUGUGUGAGUUUAAUGAGUCACAAGCAAAUAUGGAGUCAACUCGCCUCAACAGAUACACACUCCUCUGUGCUCUUCUCGCUUCAACUAACUCCAUUCUCCUCGGCUACGAUAUUGGGAUUAUGAGUGGUGCAGCAAUAUUAAUAAGAGAAAACCUGAAAAUCUCACGACUCCAAGAAGAAAUAUUAGUAGGCAGCCUCAACGUGUGUUCUCUUAUCGGAUCACUAGCCGCCGGAAAAACCUCUGACUCAAUCGGAAGACGCUACACAAUCGUAUUAUCGGCAACAACAUUCUUAUUCGGAGCUAUCUUCAUGUCUCUCGCACCUUCCUUUCUUUUCAUCUUAAUCGGCCGAAUCGUCGCCGGUAUCGGCGUCGGUUACGCACUCAUGAUUUCACCUCUCUACGCCGCCGAACUCUCUCCCGCAAUGACACGUGGAUUCCUCACUUCCCUCCCUGAACUCUUCAUCACAAUCGGAAUUCUCAUCGGUUACAUCGUUAAUUACGCUUUAACGGAUCUUCCUCAAAAUCUCGGUUGGAGAAUCAUGCUUGCGAUUUCGGCUUUACCUGCAAUUGGAAUCGGUGUUGGUGUUAUAGCCAUGCCUGAAUCUCCUCGUUGGCUUGUUAUCAAAGGAAGAGAUUCUGAAGCCAAAACCGUUCUUCUUUCACUCUCAACUACUCCUCAAGAAGCUGAAUUAAGGCUACAAGAAAUAAUAACAAACAAAGAUGCUUCGCUUUCGGCCCAUGGGCCUGGAAAUUGGCAUGGUCAAGGUGUUUGGAAGGAACUCUUUAUAAGGCCCACUAAGCCCGUUAAACGGAUGUUGAUUUCUGCUAUUGGGAUUAAUUUCUUUAUGCAAGCAUCUGGAAACGACGCCGUUAUAUAUUACUCUCCGGAAGUUUUUAAAGCUGCUGGGAUUCACGAUAAGAAAAAACUUUUUGGUGUUAAUGUUAUCAUGGGCUUAUCGAAGAGUUCUUUUGUUUUGCUUUCGGCUCUUUAUUUGGAUAAAUUUGGGAGGAGGCCUCUUUUAUUGAUCGGGUCGUUUGGGAUGAUGGUGUCGUUACUUGGCCUUGGUUUGGGCUCGAAGAUUCUAGAUGGUUCAAUAAAGAAGCCUGUUUGGGCUGUUGUUGUUUGUAUUGUGGCUGUUUGCGCUGAUGUUUCGUUUUUUUCUAUUGGGCUUGGGCCAAUAACUUGGGUGUAUUCAUCAGAGAUAUUUCCUAUGAGGCUUAGAGCCCAAGGUUCGAGUAUUGCGAUUUCGGUGAAUCGGUUGGUGAGUGGUGUGGUGUCCAUGACAUUUUUGAGCAUUUCGAGGAAGAUAACGUUUGGGGGAAUUUUUUUUGUGUUGGCGGGGAUCAUGGGGGUGGCGACUGGUUUCUUUUACGUGUUUAUGCCAGAAACCAAAGGUAAGACAUUAGAAGAAAUGGAAAAUCUCUUUGUUGAGGAUGGUGAUAAUGACGAUAAGGGCGUGAACAAAGAAGUUGUUUAGGGUGGAAAGGGUUGGUAAAUGUCUAUGCUGUUUGUUACAUUUAUAGUGUAAUAAUUUUGUAUUAACUAGCAAUUCCAUAACCGAAUUUAGUUAAACUGAUUAUAGUUGUGACCCAUGGGAAAUGGCACGAGAGGAAUGUGGCUUAAGUAUAUUAGCUUAAGGCUGAAUCUAUGUAGGGAUCAAAAUAUUAUAUAUAAGGCGGAAAUAGGAGUUUCCAUAUACUUCGUAUUACUUCUACUUAUGCAGAAGUUGCAUGCUUCUUAUAA